UGGCAUGCAUGUCUGAUCCAAAGCACUUUUUGUGCAAGUCCGGCACUUGCCUUCCUCGUGAAGCUGCGUGUGACGGCAAGGACGACUGUGGAGACGGCAGCGACGAGGGUGGCCGCUGUAACGAAACUUGCAAAAACUGCGCUUACAAUUGUGUGAAGACUCCGCUUGGUCCUCGCUGCUCUUGUCUCGACGGCUUUAAGAUAACCUCAAGUGGUUCCUGUGAAGAUGUGGACGAGUGUCAGGGUAACGUGAGUGUGUGCGACCAUUUCUGUAACAACUUGAAGGGUAGUUACCAGUGCCAGUGUCAUCCCCAGUAUGAACUACAGCCUGACAAUGCAACUUGCAUAACUAAAAGCAAAGAACCAGCCUCCUUGUUUUUUGCCCAAGAGAAAGGAGUGAGGCUGCUGAGCUUGGACGAAUCUUUCUACAGGCAAAUAGUUACAAGCGAUGAAGUGAUUGUUGCACUGGCAUAUGACCCAGAAGACAAAAUAUUGUUUUGGAGCAGUCAGUCGGGGGUUUACAAAGUGUUGCUGGACAGUAAUAACCUGCCCCGGAUAGUGAUAAAUAAAGGCACUGGUCCUGCCGAAGGCUUGAUGGUGGACUGGCUGGGUAGGAACCUGUACAUUACAGAUCCUACCAACAAGCAUAUCUUGGCAUGUUCCUUGAAUGGAGAAAAUUGUUACUCUGUGGUCGUGGAAUAUUGCGAACAUCCUCGAGCCAUACAGUUAGAUAUGAGGAAAAGGUACAUGUACUGGACAGACGUGCAACUUUCCCUUAUAGGGAAAGCUGGUAUGGAUGGCUCCGACAGGAUUAAUUUAGUCACUGGUUUACACUGGCCAAAUGCUCUGGCACUGGACCAGCCAGCUGAACGUCUCUACUGGUUGGAUGCCAGGAUGGAUAAUGCCUUCAGCAUAAAGACAGAUGGCACUGACCGCAAGCAUUUGCUGGAAGCUCCGGUGAAUCAUCCCUUUGCCCUGGGAGUGUGGAACCAGUACUUGUACUGGACAGAUUGGAACCAUGACCACAUCCGCUCCGGUCUGAAGAGAACCGGAAAGCACUUGCGCACGGUCAUUAAGGGCAGCGUUGAUCACAAAUAUUACGGUUUGAUUAUAUACCAUCCUGAAAUGUUAUACCAGGGCCCAAAUCCGUGUAGUCAAAACCCUUGUAGCCACUUGUGCCUGCUGUCUCCCACCACACCUUCAGGCUACUCCUGCGCCUGCCCCGCCUACGUAAUGAAACUAGGACCAGACCAGCGAACAUGUUUAGAUGAGGACUACUUGGUGUACACACUCGCGGCGACUGAAAGCAGAAUGUUCAAAAUAUUUCCUCGUGUGUAUGGUCGUCUUACUGUGAACGAGUGGGACUACGACACUAGGUUAACUUCCAUCGGCGACUUCAACUACGAACCCACGUUAGAGAUGGUUGUGGUGAGCGACAUUUACAAUGAAGUUAUCUAUGGAGUCUCUGUGGAUACUGGAAUCUUCAGUGUUCUCGUAAAAAACACGAGAGCAGUUGGCUUGGCUGUAGACUGGCUACGGAGUAAUUUGUACUGGGUGGAUGGCAAGAAGGCUGUAGAGAUGGCGAGACUACAAACAGGAGCAGUCUUGCACCGCACUUUAGCUGUGAAAGAUCUUCUCUUUCCAUCAGACGUGGCUGUUGCACCUUUGCUUGGGCUGCUGUACGUCUGUGGUAACAAAAACGUGUACGAGGGAUACAUUAUGAGUUGUGGUCUGGAUGGGUCUAACUGCCAGGAGAUUGUAACAGAUAACAUAAUCUCUCCAGUCUCUCUGGUCUUUGACAGAGACCCGGACAUUAGAAAACUCUACUGGGUUGACUUCUACAAAAAGACCAUAGAAAGCACUGCUGCUGAUGGUUCAGCUCGCCAGGAACUAGUGUCUAUAAGGAGUCAAGCUUCCACGGGGCCGGUUUCAGUUAUGGCUACAAGCAUGCACUUGAUGUGGUCAACAGGACAAGAUGAUUCAAUCUUUUCUGUACUGAAAGUGAACCUGACCCUCCUGAAAAGUGACGCCCUCGGGCUAGGCUUCAGGGUCUCCAAAGGACUGAAGUUGACUGAAAUCGGUUGGAAGAUUCCAGCGUCUGUGUUGGCAGACAACCCUGCGUGCCGCAGCAACAAUGGCAACUGCUCUCAGCUUUGUGUAGCAAACUCGACUAGUGAAAAGGUGUGUAUAUGUGAAUAUGGCUUCGUCUUGGAUCAUGACAACUUGAGCUGCAGCCCAGUAAGUUGCUCUGAUCAUCUCUUCAAAUGUGCUGCCUCUAACACCUGCAUCCCAUUUCCCUGGAGAUGCGACGGAGUUCCAGAUUGUCACAGUGGAGAAGAUGAGUUAGAAUGCGAGAAAGAGAGGAUCUGUAGUUCUACAGAGUUCCGCUGUACAUCUGGAGCUUGUAUCUCAGGCGAUUGGAAAUGUGAUGGAAUGAAUGACUGCUACGACGGAGGAGACGAGAAGUUGCCAGAGUGUAGCAAACAAACUUGCGCUGGUCAGUGGCAGUGCACGUCAGGAGAGUGCAUUCCCUUCAUGUGGGUUUGUGACAAAAUAGCAGAGUGUAGAGACGGUUCAGACGAGCUCAACUGCUCCUCAACCUGCCAGCCAAAUAAAUUUACCUGCCAAAAUGGUGACUGUAUCCCUGACAAGUGGAGGUGCGAUGGUGAUGCCGACUGCCAGGACGGCAGCGACGAGGCAGGCUGUGCAGAAAAAUGUGGUAUUGGUCAAUUUACGUGCCACAACCUACGGUGCGUGCCCUUGAAGGAUACCUGCGACGGUGAUGAUGACUGUGGCGAUGGUUCUGACGAGAGACUUCCCAGUUGUACCAGUACCACCCCGUCUGGCACUUCCCCGGUCUGCCCUAAUGGAUUCUCUGCCUGCAAGAAAGAAGUUCCUGAAACAGAACUUGUCUGCAUACCCCAUACACACGUGUGUAAUGGCGAGGUGGAUUGCCCAUUGAAGGAUGACGAAGAGUGUUCAGAGUGCCACGACACUGAGUAUCACUGCCGGCACUCGGACAGAUGUAUACCCAACACUUUCUUGUGUGAUGGCGAGAAUGACUGUGAAGAUGGCUCUGACGAAGACUACAUAAGAUGUGGAGGCACAGAGACCAGCACAAGUGUAUCUGCUGGAACUGAACCUUUCGCAGAAAUACUAGAAGACUGCUUCGGGAUGUUCCUCUGCAACAGUGGAGAGUGUGUAGAGAAAAGUUCCUUGUGCAAUGGUUUCUCAGACUGUUUUGACGGAUCAGACGAGGGCAUCUUCUGUGAUACACAUUGUGUCAACAACGGUGGGUGCCAACACGAGUGCCAUCCCAGCCCACAAGGCAGCUACUGCUCUUGUCACCUCGGCUCCCAUCUUGCAGACAACGGCAAAGACUGUUUGGAUGACGCAGAAUGCAGAGAGGAAGACUGUAGUCACACUUGUGUGAAAGGCAGGAGAGUGGCUGUCUGUGCCUGUGCCAGGGGCUACAGCCUUCAAGCAGACAACAGAACCUGUAAGCCUGAGAAGGGCGAAGAUAUGGUGGUCGUGGUAAGAACUGGUGGAAUGAUGGUCGUAUCUCACACAUACCAGAUUAAAAGAAAAAUGGUUAUGCCUCUUGACCUGGCAAUGGACUCCUUAGAUGCUGAUAAUGACAAUCACGUGAUCUACGCUGACAAGAACAGAGGUGUAAUUGGCAUGGUGCCUAUUAACUUGCUUAUGGGUGAAGGUGGCAACAUGGAGAGGAAGGUCUUCCUAGACAAGAGAAGCUUCCCUCAGGGUCUCUCGUACGACCCCAGAAACAAGAACAUUUAUUUCUCCGAGUUCUUCGGCACUACGAAGUCAAGCGAGGGACCCAGAGUUGUGGAGAGGGAUAUUGGCGAAAAUUCAACCUCGUGGGGACAUUCCUUGAUAAUGGUGUGCAACAUGGGUGGAAACUGUAGCGUGGUGACCAGUGUCUUGGAUAAAGAAAUUCCAUCAACCAGCCUCGCAGUGAACCACGGGAAACUUUUCUUCUGUGCGAACUUCCUGAACUUUGAGAAAGAUCAUGCCCAGAUUCUCUCUUCGUCUGUCGAUGGUUCAGACCUGACAGUAGUCAGGGAACGUAAGGUGGUGCGCUGUGGGUCUGUGGCUGUGGACGAGAUAAAGAAUCGCGUCUACUGGACAGACUUGGUUCUUGGCACAGUAGAGUCCAUUAUCUGGGAUGGAAGCAAACACCACCUCGUCCAGAAAGACAAGGUAUAUUCCCCCGUUGGUCUUUCCUUGAUGGGUGACUGGGUGGUGUGGAUAAACCCUAAGAGACAUGAAUUAGUUCGAUGUCUCAAGUACAACUCUUCUACCUGUGAAGUGAAACACAUGAGCUCCACUGCCACCAGUCUCGUGGCACUAUCUCCACCUCUUAAAACCGAUGCAGACGCAUGCACUUCUGCCUCUUGUAAACAUUUGUGUACUUCUGUAAGCAACACGACAAAAUGCCUUUGUCCACUUGGCUUCAAAACUGCAACAGCAGGAAUAUCUGGAGGCUGUAUAGAGUUGAAAGGCUGUCGAGGGAAUCCCUGUAAUGCCGGAAGCAAGUGCGAGGCGCUGUCAGAUGCAGAUUUUAUUUGCAGAUGUAGCGAUGGUUACAGCGGCUUGCGCUGCGAGGAGAGUUUAGUCACUGCAAGAAGUACAGCGCCGUCACCCGACUACUCGUUUAUCAUAGUGGUUAUAGUGCUGGUAGUAUGUUUUGCUGUUGGUGCUGGGUGCUAUUGGUACAAGAAGCCAUUCACCAUCUGGAAGGGAAAGAGUGGAAGUUCCAACCAAAUGUUCCGCUUUGUAAAUCCGGCCUUCGGGGUAAUGAACGAUGAAGCUAUUGUAAGUGGCGGCAGCAGCAGCACCGCCAGUAGCCCAGCACCCAGCCAGCCAUACGUAGUCACAAACCCCAGCCUCUCUCAGAACUUCGAGAACCCUUUCUUUAAAACUGAUGACAGUAAAGUGGAGGUAAACACAAGUCGAGAUUCUGCAGUAGCCAGCAUCACUGACUCGACCUCUCUCAACGUUACCACCCACCAUGUAGAUCUGACGUCACCAGCCUCACCGGAGUUCAGGAAGCGCACUUUGGAAGGAAAGUCUACAGAGAUGGGAUUCUCUCCCUUCAACCCAGUUGCGACUGUCACUGCCCAAAGUUUUCCCUAUAACACAAUAAUUUGAAUGUCUUCCCACCAUAUCUGCUGCAGCAGCAGCAGCAGCGGUCACUGCAGGAAGUGAAUUCCUGGGAUCUUAAUACUAUUUAUCCACAGCCUCCUGGUAUGGACAAGACAUGGCUUUCCUUAGUAGUUAAGUGAUGUACCUAGAUAAUUAAUAAAUUUUAUUAAAAUUAC